AAAUACUUUUAGCUUUAAAAUCCACAUUAAAGUGUUCACAGAAGAGUUUCAUGUUAUUGACUUUGCCCCUCCACCUCUGCAUGGACCCGGCCAGCUGAGUAGCCAUGCAGCACUGCCGUCCUGUUGCUCCGAGGCCAGUGGGCCAGCCCUGAGGGGGAACGCUGCUGCUGCUGCUGCUGCUGCUGCUGCUCCGGCUCAGUCGGCUGGGUGGGCUGCUGAGGUGGCUGAGGAUGCAGCAAGGGAGCUGAGGAGGAGACUCCUGAGCCACAGCCUGACACACACAUCCAGAGCUCGCUGCUGCUGCGCACUGCCCUCCUUCAGGGGGGACUCUCUAGUUGGCCUGGACCAUGAGCAAUGAGUCUACCGUCUGGAACAUCCUACCAAAAAACUCCACAGAGAUCCCAAUCGAGGCCGAGGAGCAGAAAGAUGGCUACGUGCUGCUCCUGGUGAUCCUCUCCAUCUUCCUGGUAGGAACAUUGAUCUUCAUCUCUGUCUUCCUCAUCGCCUUCCGUCGCUGCUGUCGAGGAGGGCAAUGCUGUGCCAGGGCCAGCGAUGACCCUGAGAAAACCAACACCACCUACGUGGAGGAGUCUCAGCCCACCCAUGAAAUCACCAUCAGGGUGGAUGAGUCAGAGUGCCUGUCAAUGGCCAGCUCUCACGACCAGGAGACUGAGCGCUUCCUCUCCACGGGCACCACAGGCCGUCGUGUCUCCUUCAAUGAGGCUGCGCUCUUCGAUCACGGCAAGAAAGCCCAGGAGAAGGGCCGCAGGUACACUCUGACCGAGGGCGACUUUCACCACCUGAAGAACGCCCGGCUCACACACCUCCACAUCACUCCCCCAGCUCUCAAGAUAGUCACCAUCCACGAGUGCGACUCGGCUGAGAACAGCAUCACCAUGACGACGCGCCCCGUCACUAAGUCGGCCCUCUCCAUCUUCCAGCCGAUGCUGUGCCCCCUGCCACAAACAGCGUUGACCAGCCUGAGCGUCAGUCCCAGCUGUGCCCUCCCUGGAGAUGCUCUCAACUCUGUGGUGGACACCAGCUUCAGUGAGAACACUCUCGCUCUUGGCACCAAAGAGCCGAGCUCCAGCUCUAUCGAGAUGAUGGGAGCUGGGCCCCGGGGCAGAGGCAGCAGUGUCAGUGUUGGAGAGGGUGCCAUGGCGAGGAGCGCUGGUGCCCCUCUUGCUGGCAGUGGUGCAGGAAGCCAGGGGCCCGUUCUGCAGUUCUUCACUAAACUGCGGCGCCAUGCUAGUCUGGAGGGGGCCAGUCCCUACUUCAAGAUCAAGAAAUGGAAGCUGGACAGCAGCCAGAGAGCGUCGAGUCUGGACACCAGAGGCUCUCCAAAGAGGAGACAGUUCCAGCGCCAGCGAGCCGCCAGCGAGAGCAUGGACCAGGACGACAAUGACGCGCACCACAUAGACCUCAUCCAGUACAUCGCCCGCACCCAGGACAUCGCCUACCGUCCCAGCCACCCCACCACACGCCUCCUCUCACCUCCCUCCACACCACCCCCCUCCCUCGGCAGGGUAGAGGUAGAGGUGAUGGUGGAGCCCAGCUGCAGCCACGGAGGACCAGGGGUGAUUGGCCUAUCCCCUGAUCCCCAAGAUGAAGCACUGUCCCUGGCAAGAAGGGAAGGUGCAGACCCUUUGGAACCCCUAGAUCCCCAGGACCCCCAGUCACUUUACAAAGACAUCUGGACCCUACGUGCGUCACUAGAACAAUACGCCGCCUCUGACCAGAGCAGCAACAAUGACAGGAACUCUGUGUGCAGUGAUGCUGAAAGUGUGUGUUCGCUGGGCGGGCGCACGGACACGGAGAGAGGAGGGCUGCCCAGCUACCCGUCCCAGGAUUUAGGGGACGAGGCAGAGGGUGCAGACGAUGACAAGGACAUUUCGAUGUAUAUGGAUGAGAGGUUUGGGGUGAAGGAGGGAAGAAGAAGGAAACAGGAAAGCACAGAUUCGGAGAGAGGCAGUGAUGGAGAAUCAGGGACUCGUAAAUUGCUGCAGAUGGACAGCGGCUAUGCGUCGAUUGAGGCUCCAACUCGUGGUCCAGAAGACCUGCGACUGUUCGGGAGCAUGAGCGGCAGCCCUAAGGACAGAACAGCUCAUGAAAAAAGGCACCACUUUACCAACGCAGGGCGAACUGGCACUAUUGGUGAGAGCUUUGAGUCUCAUCUCUUUGAGGAGGAACCGGAGGAUGAGUUGUUGUUGGGUGCUAGUGGAGGAGUUUCCAUAGAAACAGGUGCUGGUUCACUGAGCUGGUUCCCAUAUGGUCAGAUGCUCACACCUCGAGAGGCUGCGCAGCCUUCACCUCAACCGCCAACGCUGCAUCGGCGAGACUACAGCAUAGAUGAGAAGACGGACGCCCUCUUCCAUGAGUUUCUCCGCCACGACCCUCAGUUUGACCAGCAAGAGUCACCGCUGAGGAAGCACCGGUCCCGAAUUCACCUCCGCAAGCAGUGGCAGCGCCACAAGCAAUGGAGCGACCCUGGUGUCAGACACUUCCAGUCCUCUUUUGACAGACAGAGAACCCCGCUACGGAGGGGUGAGAGCGUGAACUACCCACUGGACACAAGCUACCACAGCACGCUGCCCCGCAUCGUCAGUGCGCCUGAUGAGGAGGCCAGCGACGGGACCGGCAGCACUCCUGACACUCCAAAGGUAGAGCCUACGACUACUGAAAGUGGGCGCAAGGACAGGGAGCAGGGUGUCACAGACACAGAGGACCGCACCUCCUCUUCUCCUCCACCUCUUCCACCCUCUGUCUCAGAGAAAGACGUAGGGCAGGGUGAGCACCCCGACUCUCAGGAGGACAGCAAACAAUCUGGACUCCCUCCAGAGCCCCCAGACGAGCGCUCGCCCCCUCAGCAGCACGACUCCUCAGGCUACGGCCCGCAGACCAUCACAGCAGAGCUCACAGACAAACUAACUGCUAACCUGGAUGAGAGGCUGUACAUGGGCCUUCGCAGAACCAAGGACACAGCCACUGAGUGCGUGACGGUGACGGCCACGCACGCUUCUCCGGACCACAGCCCAGUGUAGCACGGCUCCAGUCGUCCUCCUCGUCAACCUCACUCCUGCUGAUACACACUUUUCUUUUUGCUGAUUUGUCUCGCCUCAGUUUUUUUCUGUGUACAGCUUGAAUGGUGCAAUCCAGACCCAUAAACUCAUAACGGAAAGUAUGCUUUAAGUCAUCGUCCUACAUACAGCUGAUCCACUAGAAAUGCAGCCUGUCUGUCGUCAUGCCUGUUAACAUUACAAAGCUGUUCAGUGUUGCCGUUUUGCAUUUUUCUCUGAGAAAAGAUACAACUCAUAAUAACAAACAGAGCUAACAUAUCAAAAAUCAUAUGGUUUUAGUAAUAAUUGUUUCUUCAUCAGCUGUCUCUGUGUCUGCAGUCUGUCUCCGUCUCUACUGCUGUCACUCAUGUCCCUGUUCUCUGGUGUGAAUAAGUGAAGCUGUACUUGUUGAUCCACUGUGAAACCAGGUGCUAUUAGACGAGUAAAAAGCUACAGAUCUGGACGCAAUAGUUACCCUGCUAGUCCCAUCAUGCAUUAGUGGAAAAUAAGUAGUUGUAUCACUAUUCAUGAGCUUAAAAAUAAUUUAGUAUACCAUCAUUAAGCAAUCAAAGCUUUAUGCAUCCUUAAGUUGUUCCUACUGGUUGUUUAGGACAGUAGUUCCCAGCCUGUGGUGGUCCCACGAGAAGUCUGACAUGAUUAAAAAAUUAUUUAUUUCUUUUACAGAAGAUUAUGGUUUUCUUUUGGUUUGGUUUGGUUUGUGUUGGUUUGUUGUUUUUUGGUUGGUUUUGUCGUAAGCGAUUAAUAGUUAAGGACGACUCUGUCCCCCAUGAAUCAGCAACUUCUAGCAGCACUUAAUAUUUUUCACACUGAUAUUGAUAUCAAGUGUUGUUAAUUCUACGAGCCGAUUUACAACAACCUGUCUAACUCAGUAAAGAUUGACAGCAUGGCAGCUCCCAAAAAGUGAAGCCAAAACAUCUCAAACGCCCCCUGAUGGCUGGCUGCAGUGCAGGUCAUAAACUCCGCCCCCUCCAUGUCAGCAGAUAGGACAUGGUCCAACUUAAACCAUCAAAGUACAUGUUUAAUUAUUUGAUGUUAUAGACCCUUUUACUAUUAAUUAACAGUAUGACGGUCUUCGGUGGGCGGGGCUUAGCUGGAGGCAAAACAAUUCUACACAGUCAUUAGCCAGUGCUAACAAGUUCCGUUGGCUUGUUUUAGACAGUGGAGGAAGAUGAUGCGAGUGAAUUUACGAACGCACCGUGACAGGUCACUCACUCUGCAGGACCGUGAGUGUUACUUAAAUAAAUAAACACUGACCAAACUGGCCAAAAUGUAACAUUACGCUGUCACUUAGUUUGUUUUGCUAUCGAUGCUAACGUUAGCUAAUGCGCUAAAAAGUUAGCAUUAUGGAGAAAUCCAAUAUUUCUCUUAUUACCUCCCCGACUUCCGAUGAGGUGGACAUGAUAACACAUAAUACACAUACCGUUAUCCAUCCCUACAACAGGAAAUACUUUUUCCCUAACCUGAUAUGAAGUGUGCGCUGCACAUGGGAGCAUUUUUGAUGAUCGCCUCCGUCCAGUUCUUUCGUCUUAUUGCAUGUGACCAAAGUUUUCCUCGUUUUUAUUGACGGGCAGUGGUGGCUGGUAUGUGAUAAAAGGUUAAGUUUUGAGCCAUGACUCCUUCGAUUCUGGCUCCCAGUAACACAACAAGACGACAUUUUAAGACUCCUAUGUAGCCUACAGCCCUGUGGUGGAGUCAUGAUUUGCCUCCAGCUAACAAAAUGACAUCAUUGUGACGUCGACCCUAAAAGGUUCUAUUGAAAGGGUGUUUGACGUCAUGAUUGACAGCUGUGUGUGUAAAUCAGUGUGCUCAUGAUCUAUAGCACUGCUCAGGAUUGGGUCGGAUGUGUGUAUAGGCAGGAACUCAAUACAGCGGCUUCACGUUCUGAUUGCUACUGCACAGACUCCAAAUGAUGAAGAUGGCACUGUCUGUAUCUGGGAUAUUUUGGCUUCACUUUUGUACAAUGGGAGGAAGGGCAGACAUGUCGUCCAUCUUUGUAUUCAGUCUAUGGUCCAGUCAUGUCAGCAGCAGUCAAGUCAAGUCAUCAGGAGCCACAAGUAGACAGUGCUUGAUUUUAUGGGGCCACAAGCCAAAAAGGUUGGGAACCACUGGUUUAGAUUGAAUAACACAGUUUGCAAUGGCCAAAAAAGUUUCUCCCAUAAGGUGUUAUUUUAAAAAGAAGAUAUCCUUUGAUUGUCCUCAUUGCGUGUCUGACUGCAGCCCAGUCGCCAGAAUGAAUAUUGGCAUUGUAUGUCACUGCAAUCCAUGGAUAUGUAGCAUUUGUACGUUAUUAUGUACUAAUGUGUGGUCACGUUUAGGUGCAGAAACCAAGAAAAGAUCAUGCUUUGUUUUAACAUCCGGUUUUGGUGGCACAAUCAUGGCUGGAAAUACCGCUAAUGUCACUCUGUUCUCUAAAACAGAGGUGUGCAGCUUGGCAGACAUCCACCCCCUCCACCUCCCGAUGACCAAUUCAGCUCAUAUAAAUCUAAUCAGAACUACGUCACUUUACAAACUUUUAUAUGAUUCGUAUGAAACGUACGAAUGUAACCGUGGUUUGCAGAAAUGUACAAUGCCAACCUUUUCUUCUGGCGACUGGUCAUGAUGUUUGUUGUUUCUGGCUGAAAAUGCUUCUCAGCUCUGUGACAACUGUGUUUAUUUUUUAUUGGUUUGUUUUAUGACUUUUAAUAUAUUUUUGUACAUCUGCUUUGCUUAAAUGACAAUGAAAACAGAGAGUGCGGCAGGUUUGAAGAGGACAGGUUCUGCGCCAACAGACAGAACUAAACUCUUUAUCAGUCAUAGACACGAUUUUAAUCUCCAUAAGCUAUGACUCUUAGUACUCUAGGCGUCACUGACAUGACCUCUGUCCUGACAGGGAGAACAAACUCAGUCUCGUGCACAGGUUUACAGCCAUAAGGUGGGCAGUUACAUUAAAGCUAUGAGACAAGAUGGCUGCCCUCACUGAUGUUUGGUGUUUAUUGAAUUUAUAAGAAAGGCAUGCUUCCUUGUGCAUGGGACUCACAGAACAGGCUUGAUUUGUCCGCAUCUGACAUUCUUGUUUUCCCCUCCUCUUCCUCUUCUUCUGCUGAGAAAGUUGACAUCGCAGUAGAUGCCUCCCUCAGGGGGGCCGAAGACUUCACUUCCUGUCGACUUGUAAAACCAACAAAGACGUUGUUUGUAGUUAAGUCCACUUUAUUUCCCUCUCUUAUUUGGCGCUUGGUGAGAUUAAAACAAACUGCUACUGCCAUUCCAAUGGAAACCCCGAAAGCGAAUUACUUCCUGUGGGCAGUGAUUGCCAGAAUUAUGUUGAAAAUCCAUCUUUGCUCACAGAUCUCUGCUUUUACAUCCUCAGCAGCAGCAGCAGGUUGAUUGUAACCCAGUCACGCUCGUAAAAUCUCAUUCUCAGAGGGGCUGUUGGGCUUUCCGUCUCUCCCACGUGCAGCGAGGGGAGCCACUGCAAAAGAUGGUGUUGAAUAUUAAUCAUAACAAUAGAGGGGUUUCCGCCUUUCAUCCCCCGUCUCCCUUCCCUCGUUCUUUGAGGCCGUUACCAUGCAGUGCAUUGAAAGACCUGAAUAGCAAAUCAGGGGGAAAAGAACAUUAUCCUCCUCUCUUUGUUUGGGUGUGAUGAUGAUGAUGCUCCUCUCCAGUCUGCCUAGAUUAGAUCUCUCUCCGCUGCUUGACAGGAGUCUCCUCUUGUGGCUAAGUGCAGAAGCUGCGUUCCUCAUUAGGAGAGCAAUGACUGAGAUGAAAGGACUCAAAUAAGGAGGAGAGAGGUUUUUUUUUUUUUUGCUCCCCUCACACACACAUUAUGUCACCAUGAAACACAAUGUGCUCCGGCACAAUUUUGUGCAAUCAAACGACGUUCUUUUUAUGGCGGCGCUAAUCAGCAGAAAGGAAAUUAAUCCCCCUCUUGGUUAUGAUGGAACUGAUGAGUCCCUGAUGAUAAUAAUUACUCAGCAAAUUCUGACAGGGUUGGAGACAGGAAGGGGGAAGACAGCUGCAUUUCCCACAGAUCAAAAGCCAAAAUGUCUAAGCGCUGAGUCAGAUGACAGUACAGCAACCAUUUAAAGAAAACGGCCAUAAGGGUUUUCCCUACAUGUGUACAAAGAUGAAACUUUGCUGUGUAUACAAGCACAAUGUCACAGGAGCUAGACUUAAUGGAUGUCCUUUAUUAGGUUUAGACAGAUGCUGUAUAACUGGGGACACUGUGGUUAAUGGUGUUUGUAUACUAACCAGUAGCCUGUCAAACGCAUUGAUGCAUAGCUGUGUGUAGGUCUGCAUGAGAGUUAACACUUUAGUACAGAUCUUUAUGUUUUCUCAGACUUACGGUACAAAAUGAUCCAUAGGUACUGCUCAUUUGUUCAAAAGGCAGAAGUGGAAACAUUGGUAUGACUAGAGAUUUUGUACUUUUCCGAGUCAUGCUAGGAUGCUGUGAUGAGAUUUUGUGAGAUUUAUCUCUUUGAAAGUUAAAGUAUUUCUGUAAUCCUUGCUUGUUAGUAAACUGCUUAAUUUCUCAAAGAUUAAAAAAAAAAAAAACAAGCUUUCUUAACAACUUUGCUUUUGUUGAGCCUUGAGGGACCAAAUUAUAAAAAAAGGUGUUAUUUUAGGGUUGUUUUCCAAUCUGUGAAUAAAUGAAUGAAGCAAA